AUGGACGACGAUCUUCUCUUCGCACGAUCUGGCAUCGUGCCGGGAGGUGAUGGCUCUGUGCGACCGGGAUACUACAAGGCUAUCGGCAUUGGCUUGGCCAUAGGAUCGGGUCUUUUUAUCGGAACGUCAUUUGUCCUCAAAAAGGUUGGCCUGCUGAGGGCAAACGCAAAGUAUAACGAAGUUGCUGGCGAAGGCUAUGGUUACCUCAAGAAUGCUUUCUGGUGGGGUGGGAUGAUUCUCAUGAUUAUUGGCGAGGUCUGCAACUUUGUCGCCUAUGCUUUUACCGACGCCAUCUUAGUCACACCGCUCGGCGCCUUGUCCGUCGUCAUCACUACGAUCCUGUCGGCCAUCUUCCUCAAGGAGCGACUCAGUUUGGUUGGAAAGGUUGCCUGUUUUCUAUGCAUAGUAGGCUCUGUGGUCAUCGUCAUGAACGCGCCGCAGGAGUCUUCAGUCGCCGAUAUCCAGCAGAUGCAACACUAUGUCAUAACGCCGGGGUUUCUGUCGUAUACGGGCGUCAUUCUCGUCGGAUCCGUCAUUGUUGCCUUUUUCGUUGGACCCAAGUAUGGUAAGAAGAAUAUGUUGGUCUACAUUUCAAUCUGCAGCUGGAUCGGCGGUUUGAGUGUCGUGUCGACUCAGGGCCUGGGUGCAGCCAUCAUUGCGUGGGCCAGUGGCAAGCCGCAGUAUAAGGAGUGGUUCCUAUGGGUGCUCUUCGUCUUUGUUAUUGGCACCUUGCUGACCGAAAUCAUCUUCCUCAACAAAGCCCUCAAUCUCUUCAAUGCCGCCAUCGUGACACCCACCUAUUAUGUUUAUUUCACUAGCACCACCAUCAUCACAUCUGCAGUCUUAUUCCAAGGCUUCAAGGGGACGGCCCAGUCAAUAGUUACGGUUGUGCUCGGUUUCCUGACGAUAUGCUCUGGCGUCGUAUUACUGCAGCUCUCCAAGUCGGCCAAGGACGUUCCCGACACCGCCGUAUUCAACGGAGACCUGGACCAGAUUCACACCAUUGCCGAACAGGCACAGCCCGAGACGGAGCCAAAGGCAGAUGCAAUCCGAGGCGCGGCCGCUAUUGUCAGGCGCUUUUCCAACGCGCGACUAAGGAUGGAGGCCGAAGAAUUGAAACGUCUUCAUGAGGAGAAAAUGGCCGAGGCCAUGGCGCCCAUCAGCGAGGAUGGACAGCCAAUGUACGAAUGGGAUGGCUUAAGGCGAAGGCGAACCGUUGCGUCCAGUAUGCGCACCAGAUCAACUAGGCUCUCAACCCCGAUACCGGUUUCUCCAGCUCCGCCAACUCCUCACCCCCCUCUGGGCAUGUCGCAUUUCCCAACGGAAGAGGAGCUCGCAGAGCAUGAUCGCCACAACAUGUUUGCAAACAUUGCGGGCACAAUCCGCGGCCGCCGGUCCCGCAACCACCCGCAUCACGUCCUCGUGGUCAACGAGCAGGAUGAGGAUGAUGACGAAGAGGCCCAGUACGGCAACAUCGACAAGGUCCGCAGCCCGAUGCAUCCGCUGCCCCUCACCCACAUUGCUAUGCCCCAGCAGAAGCCCGAUGACGAAGCCGGCGCUUAUUAUGGCCCGACCCGCGAGCAGACGCACUUCUCCCCAGACACUGCGUACCACGGCGCCGCAGGUCUCGUCGACCCCCAGCUUCUUGGUCCAACACCGCCACCCCACGGGAACCGGCGCACGUUUUCCUUCAACAAAGUCUUUCGACGGACGCCCCAGCCUUCUGAAGAGGAACAGGUCGGGCUCGUCAAGGAGCCUAGUGGUGACGGCAGAAGAGCGCCGGGACCACCAGAUGGAGGAUCACAGCCUCCACCCCCAGCUUUCAUCUAG